GCAACGCGUGUCGGGGGUGGAACAGAUUGGUCAGACAAGCCAUCAGUGUCUGUCAUCUCAUUCAUAUUCGUGUGUUGCCGAGUUUUCACGCUGAUCCGCAGAUAUAUAUCAAAAGUCGUCUGCUGCACCAAUAUGGGGAGAAAUAAAAACCGACAGAAGAAGAACCGGCCACCUGGCAGAGAUGACAGAGACUCUGGGUGGGGAGCUGGCUAUGCUGACAUUGUUAAAGAAAACAAACUCUUUGAACAUUAUUACAAGGAGCUGGGCCUGGUGCCUGAAGGAGAGUUUGAUCAGUUCAUCGAAACCAUGAGGGAACCAUUGCCAGUAACUAUCCGAGUUACGGGAUACAAGAGCCAUGCCAAAGAGAUACUUCAUUGUCUGAGGGAGAAGUAUUUCAAAGACAUUCAGGACCUGCAGAUUGACGGACAGAAGAUUGAGCCGCCUCAAUUGCUCACCUGGUAUCCAGAUGAGCAGGCCUGGCAGACAAACAUGAGCAGGAAGAUCAUCAGAAAGUCUCCACUGCUUGAGAAGUUCCACCAGUUCCUGAUCAGUGAGACAGAGUCUGGUAACAUCAGUCGACAAGAGGCUGUCAGUAUGAUUCCUCCUGUCCUUUUGAAGAUCGCGCCCCAUCACAAGAUCCUAGACAUGUGUGCUGCUCCUGGGUCAAAAACGGCGCAAUUAAUUGAGAUGCUGCAUGCAGACAUGGAUGUGCCAUUUCCAGAGGGGUUUGUCAUUGCCAACGACGUGGACAACAAGCGCUGCUACCUGUUGGUGCAUCAGGCCAAGCGUCUGAACAGCCCCUGCAUCAUGGUGGUCAAUCACGACGCCUCCUGCAUCCCAAAACUGCACAUCGACGUGGAUGGAAAGAAGGAAAUCCUCUUCUAUGACCGCAUUCUGUGUGACGUUCCCUGCAGCGGUGAUGGCACAAUGAGGAAGAACAUAGAUGUGUGGAAGAAGUGGACCACCAGCAACAGUCUGCACCUCCAUGGGCUGCAGUUGCGUAUUGCUGUCCGUGGAGUGGAGCAGUUGGCAGUGGGAGGGAGGAUGGUUUACUCAACCUGCUCGCUGAACCCGAUAGAGGACGAAGCUGUUGUAGCCGCUCUAUUGGAGAAGAGUGAAGGAACUCUGGAGUUGGCUGACUGCUCAUCAGAUGUCCCAGGUUUAAAGUGGAUGCCUGGUGUCACGUCCUGGAAGCUGAUGACCAAGGAAGGCCAGUGGUUCAGUGACUGGUCUGAGGUCCCCACCAGCCGGCACACUCAGAUCCGACCCACCAUGUUCCCACCAACAGACCCAGAAAAACUGGCAAACAUGCAUUUGGAGAGAUGCAUGAGAAUCCUGCCACAUCACCAGAACACAGGAGGGUUCUUUGUGGCUGUGCUGGUGAAGAAGGCCGCCAUGCCCUGGAACAAAAGAUUCCCCAAGUUGAAGAAGGAGGUGUCUGGUUCAGAGGUGCCCACUGAGGACGGAGAAGAGGAAGUUGAUGCUAUGUCCUCUGACACCACAGCUAAAGUUUGUGGACCACCGCCUCCUAAAAAGAUGAAGCUGUUUGGUUACAAGGAGGACCCUUUUGUGUUCCUCACAGAAGAUGACCCCGUCUUCACCACAAUUCAGACUUUCUACAAUUUGUCCCCAGACUUUCCCAAGCUCAACGUUCUCACCAGAACUCACGAGGGCAAGAAGAGACAUUUGUACAUGGUCUCCAAAGAGCUACGCAACGUGCUGCUGAACAACAGCGAGCGCAUGAAGGUGAUCAACACAGGAGUCAAAGUUUGGUCACGCAACAGUGAUGGUGAAGAAUUUGGCUGUGCUUUCAGGCUGGCUCAGGAGGGCAUCUACACGCUGCAGCCGUACAUCCGCUCCAGGAUCGUCACCAUCAGUGUGGAGGACAUCAAGGUUCUGCUGACCCAAGAGAACCCCUUCAUCAGCAACCUGGGGGAUGAUGCUCACACUCAGGCCAAAAAGAUUGGGAUGGGCAGCAUUGUGUUGAAGUACAUUCCAAACUCGGACAAACCAGAGGAACCUCAGUGUCCCAUCCAGCUGUGUGGCUGGAGGGGAAAGACAUCCAUUCGAGCCUUUGUCCCCCGAAAUGAAAGGUUUCACUACCUGCGUAUGCUUGGCGUGGAAGUCUUUGGAGACAAUGGACAGAAGAGGAAAGAUGGAGAGAAAGAAGGCCAGGAAGACUCGGUGGAAAAGCAGCAGGAUGGUGAGGGGCCAACGGAAAAUGACACCGAGGUGGAUUCUGAUAAAGCCAAUGAAAAUGGAUCAUCAAAAACAAAGACGGACAAUCCAGCCGAGAUCAGCUGAGGACGAAGAGGAAAUGGAAAAUAGAGCUGCAGCCUUGAGACCACAUUUGUUUUCAGUGCUUUCCCUUCCUCACCAAAACCAGGAGGUCACUUUUUUCAUUUCUUGUUUCAUAGCUGGGCUUUAUUGGUCUAAUUUAACCCAUCAAGUUGUAGAUUAGUGUACGACACGAUAAUCCUUCUCUUUAAUGGUCGACAGGUGAAUGAAAAGAAUCAUGCGCACCAUCAAUACCAAGACAGGAUUUUUUUUUAGAAUCUAAAUUUGUCUCCAUCAAGCUUUCAUUGGAGCUGUUUGCUUUUUGUAUUAA